AUGACUCAAGCUUUUGAGGUUGUUGUUUAUGGCGGCACGUCUGGCGGAGUUGCCACAGCCAUUCAAGCCGCCAGGCUGGGACGGUCUGUAGCGCUUGUCUCGCCUAAUGAGCAUAUCGGUGGCAUUCAGAUCAAUGGGCUUGGUGCUACGGAUAUCGAUAACCAGGCCGAGUUCCAGAACAGCACCACCCUUGGCGGUCUGAGUCUGGAACUGCAUGAGAGAAUCAGCCGACAUUAUGGUCGCCUUGAAAGACUUAAGGAGGUCGUCGAGAAGAAGAUAAAAGACCCUGAUGUUUGGCGAUUUGAGGCCCGAGUCGCCGAGAAGAUCAUCUCUGACUGGCUGGCUGAGUAUUCCAACAUCUCCAUCAUCAAGUCCCCGUUGAAAGAAAAAAACGCGGUUGAUCGUGACGAGAAGGGGAUCCUUGCCAUCCAUCUAGAAAACGGCGAUACGAUCCCGGGCAAAGUCUUUGCCGAGGCUUCAUACGAGGGCGAUCUUCUCGCGGCAGCUGGCAUCACCUGGACCCGAGGCCGCGAAUCAUCAAAAACCUACAACGAGUCUCUUGCGGGCGUUCGCGGUGAGACUCUAUACCGCCAGAUCGACGUUGACCUAGACCCCUACGUCAAAUCCGGAGACCCCUCAAGCGGCCUACUGUACGGCAUCUCAGACGAGCCCUUCGGAAGGCCAGGCGAUGGUGACUUGCACCUGCAGUCAUACUCGUAUCGACUACCGUUGACUGAUGACCCCGAAAACCGCGUGCCUUUUUCAGAGCCAGAAGGCUAUGAUCCCGCUCACUAUGAACUUCAUAGACGCUAUUUCGCAGCAGGAGGAGAGUUUUACGUGCCAAACAAGCGGUUACCCGGCGGAAAGACUGAUCUGAUAGGUUCUGAGGGUGCCUUGUCUACUGAUUUGCUUGGGAUGAAUGACGAAUGGCCUGUUGCGUCUCGAGAUGGUAGGGAAGUCAUUCUCAAGGACACAGCUAGGUUUACCAAGGGACUGCUAUGGUUCAUAUCAACUGACCCCGGUGUUCCCGAAAUCUAUCGCAAAGAAUGGUCACGCUUUGGCUACUGCCGCGACGAGUUCUCCGACAACGAUCACUUCCCCUACGAGCUCUACGUCCGCGACGGCCGGCGCAUGGUAUCCGACUAUGUCAUCACCGAAGCGACUGCCUCGCGUGACGUGGGUGAGCCACAGGUAGAUGACCCUGUGGCCGUUGCAUACUGGCCGACAGAUACACACAGCGUACGAAGAAUCCUGCGCGACGGAAAAGUACACAACGAGGGCUUCAUCUUCAAGGAUGGACACAAGUGGCGGCCAUUUGGAGUUGCGUAUCGCGCUCUGGUGCCCAAGCGGACUAACGCUUCUAACUUUAUCACCGUGACAUGCCCGAGUUCAUCUCACGUAGGAUAUGGCAAGUUUCUCCGGGCCGUCAGGUUGGAGCAUCAGUUUUACGCCAUUGGCCAGGCCUGCGCCAACGCCUGUGAUAUUGCAUUGUCCAAGGGCUUGGCCUUCCAAGAUUUGCCAUAUCCUGAGUUGGAAGAGCGACUGGUUGCUCAGGGUGUUAUUCUAGAUGCUACUCAAGUUGGAGCUCCAAGCUUCGCAGACGAGCGAUAA